AUGGAGGAAGAAGAGGACGAGAGGAAAGUCAGGAGGCCUAAAUUGGGUGCCUUUAGCUCUUUAAACGCCCGCAUCGUUCAUUCUUCUUUAGAAGAAGGUUUCCUGCGCCAGCAAGCGUCGUCCGAAUCGGCCGACGCGAACAUUUCGGGUGUGUCGACCGCACAGCUCAGCGAUAGGAGUUUUGUCUCCAAAACUAGCACCUUUUCGCGGAGCGGCACAUCGAGUUCUAGCCAGGAGGAAUGUGAGGUCGCCCAAACUACCAUCACGAGCGCCCAGUACCUGGCGGCCUCGAGGGUGGAGACGGCGCGUUCGAUGGAAAGUCUGCGCCCCAGCAAGGACACGUCGCCGGCGCGCCCAGCUAGUUCCUGCACCACCGUUCGAGUCCACCGCAGCUCGUUCUUAACGGCUAGCGAGCGAGAUGUGCGCGAGUCGAGGGGUCUGCCCGCUAGGCGCGCCUUAUCCGGCGAGGACAUGGGCAACUCCGCCGAAAAGAAACGGGGCUUGUUCGCAAGCACCGAACGGCGAGCUUUGCAGCAGUUAAGCCUACCCCCGCCGGAGCGCCGGCUGACCAUCCUCAGCCCUCACAGCCCCAUGGCGAACACGGAACUACAAUGGCCUACACCACCUGGUAUACGCGGCAGACGAAAGAAAGGAAUGGUUCUGCCCAAACUGAUUCUGCCCCGCAGCGACUCUGACGGAUCCGAAGUAUUUUUCGAAAGG